ACUAAAUUGGUAAACAAUAAUGAGAAGGAAAUUAUAGUUUACUGUCUUGGUGCUGCCAUUCAAAAAGGGAUUCUUUUGGCCCUUCAGGUGGCUGAAAAAUUUGUGGCUUAUCAGUUUGAAACAAAUACAUUUUCCACUACAUUGAUUGAUGACUUGGAGCCAACUAUUGAUGAGGAAGACUAUGAACUACAGAAAAGGUUCAAUUCUGCAUUGAGAAUCCGAAUAUUCAGAACUGACCCUCUAGAUCUCCAACCAAGCACUUCCACAUAAACCAACACAAUGUUUUUCACCACCACUGAAAUGGUGAAAUGGCUGGGGCUCUCGGUAUUUGAAAUCUGGAUUCAUUUACUUGCCCUGCUAGCUUUUACGUUGAUGCUCGCUUUUAAACUGGAUCCAGAAAUAGACAUUCAACUUAACAACUGGUGGUUAAUAUUUACACCCCUUUUUAUAGGAGACGCAUUAAAUGCAUAUUUUUGUACGAUAGUUUACAUAAGACUGUUAAUGGACGCGCAAUUUAAGUUCUGUGCUAAGAAAAUUUUAUGGUCAGCGACAUUCUUAACUCUGAUUUGUGUGUUUAAGUUUUUAUUGUGCAGAAAACUUUUGGGGCAGAGCCUCUGGGACUAUUCGGAGGUGUUCGCCCCUGUAUAUAUUCUGUUACAGCUUAUCGCAGUGAGAGCUUGUCAACAAAGUUAAUUUUUUUGUAAAUAAAACACUUAAUAAAUAUUA